CCUAAUUUGGUUUAAUGUUGAUGGUGGCUAAUAGUAGAAGUAGAUUAUGCAUAAGUUGCGAAAAUCACUUAUUCGGCAAAAAGACUUAAAUGCCGAAACAACACAAAAGUAAACGCGGGCUUUUUCCGACAUCCGAACGGCGUUUUCCUCGCAUUGAGAUACAUCAGCUUUGAUUGUUUACACACAGAAUCUAUGGCGGAAACCUUGAAUCGUGUCGAUUGACGCAUUCCGACUAAGAUCCCCAAAAGUCAAAUCAUGAAAUACAAAGGGAAAAGAGUUCUUCUGGGUAUCGACGCAGCCAAAAAGCUAAGAUUGCCGAUUGUUUUCUUCUUGUGCCUGUGUUUCUUCCUUGCUGGACUAUUUGGAUCCAUUAUCAUAUCUCAAGAUGCGAAUAGGGGUAAAUUUAGGCAUAAAUUGGUGGAAGAAUCUCGAAUUGAAGAAGGCGAUGCUUUGUUACAUGGUGAAAGUGGAGAGGGUUUCAUCGCUUCUAUACCGUUUCAGGUCUUGAGUUGGAGACCGCGGGCUGUUUAUUAUCCUAAUUUUGCGACAGACGAACAGUGCCAAAAUGUAAUUAAAAUUACUAAAACAAAGCUUAGACCAUCGUCACUUGCUCUGCGUAAGGGAGAGACUGCUGAGAGUACAAAGGGUAUCAGAACAAGUUCGGGGGCAUUUGUCAGUGCAUGGGAAGACAAUACAGGAACUUUGGAAUUUAUCGAGAGGAAAAUUGCUAGAGCGACAAUGUUACCUAGGAGCCACGGUGAGGCUUUCAAUGUUCUUCGCUAUGAGAUCGGACAAAGAUACGUCUCUCACUACGACUCGUUCAAUCCAGCAGAGUAUGGCCCACAGCACAGCCAAAGGAUUGCUUCCUUUUUAUUGUACUUGUCUGAUGUGGAGGAAGGUGGAGAAACCAUGUUCCCUUUUGAGAAUGGGUCGAACAUGGAUAUAGGAUAUGAUUACGAAGGCUGCAUAGGUUUGAAGGUGAAGCCUAGACGAGGUGACGGGCUUCUGUUUUAUUCGUUAUUUCCUAAUGGAACAAUUGAUCAGACAUCACUACAUGGAAGCUGUGCAGUUGUGAAGGGGGAGAAGUGGGUUGCUACAAAAUGGAUCAGAGACAAUACGAAGAUGCAAUAAUUUCACUAAUUUUGUGUAAUGGAAAAAUUAAUUUCUUAAUUAGUUGUUGGAUUAAGAAAUAUCAUGUCUUAUAAUACAGUGGAUAUUAUAUCAAGAAUGAUCACUUCUUCAGUGUUGUAUUAAAUGAAACCCUUCGAAAAUUAAUAAACGGUGUGAGAAAAAUGAGGCUUUGUUAUAUGCUACAUCAAGUGAAUUUGAAUUU